AUGGCCGAUCCUAACACGGACGAUUACAUGGCAAUGCAGUACCUCCCUCCGGCGUAUGUCCAUAAGCUGGCCAAUGGAUCCCUCGUCCACCCUGGCAUGUUCAACCUCUUUGGCCCCGGCGCCAACUGCACGCUGGACCUCUGCCCCAUCCACUGGUCGGUCUACCGAUACCGCCCCCAGCUCGGCGUCAACGCCUUGUUCAUCACCAUGUAUUCCUUCCUGCUCAUCUGCCAUUUCGUCAGCGGCUACCGCUGGCGUAGCUGGUGGUUCACGGCAUGCAUGGUCGCGGGGUGUCUUGUCCAAAUAAUCGGCUACGCCGGGCGUGUCGAACUAUGGUACAAUCCCUGGAACUUUGCCGGUUUCCUCACCCAGGCCGUUUGCAUCACGUCGGCUCCCGUGUUUUUCACUGCCGCCAUCUACGUGACGAUAUCCAAAGCAAUCGAUUUCUUCUCUCCCAACCUGUCCCGCAUGUCGUCUAGCUGCUUCUACUGGAGCUUCAUCGUCGCCGACGCGAUCUGCCUCGUCCUCCAGGGCGUCGGCGGCGUCCUCUCCACCAUCUCCCGCGGCCUCUCCCAGGACGGAGUCGACGUCACCCGAGCCGGGCUCAUCCUGCAAGUCAUCGUGCUCGUCGUGUUCUGCGCCUUCUUCGUCGACUACAUGGUCCGGUACGCCCGGUACCUCCGCCACACGCAUCCCGAGAUACGCCGGGGGGAGGAGAUAGGGCCGCGCCAGAUGACUUUCUUCGGCGGGCUCUCCGGCGCCAUCGGCCUUAUCCUCGGCCGGUGCAUCUACCGUGUCGUUGAACUCAGCGAGGGGUACCUGUAUUCGAGCCGCAUUUCGGACGAGAUUGGCUUCAUGGUUUUUGAGGGACUAUUUAUUGCCCUUGCCGUCUUCGCCCUGUUCAUUGGCAACCCCGGCUUUGGGUUUAAAGAGUGCGAGAAGAGAGCGCUGAGCUCUGGCGGCGCUCGGGGCCGUUCUACUGAAGACGUGGAACUAUAUAACACAUUGCGGCGUUGA